UCGUGAGUCUGUCCACUUUUGCCUACACUUCUCCUUAGACUAUGGAUUGCAUAUAAAGAGCCAGGACCGCUACACAUGGUACCAAUAGGUGCAUAAGUCGUUCGAAGGGAUCUGCGACGCAAGAGCGGUUACUUUCAACCUCUUUAUUCCCGGGGCGACGGUCCGAGGUUAUGAGCGCGAUGACGACGAGUCAUCACGAUGGAGAAGAAAUGGUGGACUCGAGGGAGGACAUGGGAAUUGAGAGUAGCGAGAAGAGCUAUGGAGCUGCCGAUAUGUCAAACGCACCCAGAGCUGAGAAAGAGCAAGGAAUCAUUCAGGGCGAAGAUCCAAACGCAGAUCAAGACAACACCGCAGCCAUCGAGAAGAAGGCAGAUGUCCCUCCAAAUGGAGGGUAUGGAUGGGUGUGCGUAGCAGCAUGUGCCACCAUCAACGCCCACACAUGGGGCCUCAACUCCGCCUACGCCGUGUUCCUCGCCUACUACCUGGCCAACAACGUCUUCCCGGGCGCCUCACACCUCUCCUACGCCUUCAUCGGCGGCCUCUCCAUCAGCCAAGCGCUCAUCGUCUCUCCCAUCGCAACCCUCACCACGCGGCUCUUCGGCACGCGCACCACGCUGCUCAUCGGCGUGGCGCUCGAAACCAUCUCCUUCAUUGGCGCAUCUUUCGCGACUGAGAUCUGGCACCUGUUCCUCUCGCAAGGCCUGUGUUUCGGCUAUGGCAUGGGCUUCCUGUUCGUCGGCAGCGUAGGGAUCAGCGCGCAGUGGUUUACCACACGGCGCUCGCUCGCGAACGGAAUCGCCGCCGCCGGCUCUGGUCUCGGGGGCCUCAUCUACUCCUUAUCCGCACAAACGAUGAUCAAGAACAUCGGGCUCCCCUGGGCAUUCCGGAUCCUAGCCAUCAUCGCCUUCGUCGUCAACACAACCUGCUCGCUGAUCAUCAAAGACCGUAACAAACAAAUUGGCAGCAGCCAGUUGAGCUUCGACUACCGGCUGUUCAAGAAGCCGCAAUUCUUGGGGCUCAUGGCGUUUGGGUUCUUGAGUAUGCUGGCCUAUGUCGUGCUUCUCUUCUCCUUACCGAACUAUGCGAGGACGGUGGGAAUGACGGCGCAGCAGGGUAGUGUUGUUGGCGCGGUGUUGAAUCUGGGCCAGGCGAUGGGGCGACCGCCGAUUGGGUAUUUUUCGGAUUCUUUUGGGAGGUUGAAUAUGGCGAGCACGAUGACGUUUCUUGCUGGCUUGUUCUCGCUGGUUAUCUGGAUGUUUGCAAAGUCAUUUGGAGUGCUGGUCUUUUUUGCAGUGAUUGGCGGCAGUGUUGCCGGCACGUUCUGGGCUGUCGCCGCACCCGUUACGACAGAGAUCAUGGGGCUGGUGGACUUGCCAAGUGCGCUGAGUCUGACGUGGUUGGUGUUGGUGUUGCCUACGACGUUUUCUGAACCUAUUGGACUGGAGAUUGUAGCGUACAACGGCGGUAGCUACACUGGGGCUAUCCUGUUUACAGGGUGGAUGUAUAUCGGUGCUGCUUGUUGUUUAUGGGGUGUCAGAGCCUGGAAGAUUGGGGAUGUAGAGGAGAAGGCUGCGAUAGCAGGGAAGAGCGUGUCUGACGUUGAUCCUGUUGGAAUUACAAGCCAGGCUUCUGGUGGUGUGCCGGAGGGGUUCAGGAAGAGCCCGUUCCUGAAGAGACUGCUAAUGUGGCAGAGGGUGUAACCGCUUCUCAGAAACGCAUGUUGUCCAGUGUUCUUGGCAUCAGAUUC